AUGAUCCCUACUACUAAGGCCCGAACUUCAGGAAUCAGACAGUACAAUGCAAAGAAACCCCAUAAGUGGGGUUAUUUGAAUUACGUAUUAAGCGGAGUCAGUGGAUUUAGUUACGACUUUGAAUUAUUCGGAGGAAAAUACCCAGGACCGCCUGAAAACUGUCCCGAUCUUGGAGUGCCAGGAAAUGUGGUUCAAAGACUAUUGAAGACUGUCUCGGACAAUUUGAACCAUAAGAUUUUUGUCGAUAACUGGUACACAAGUUUGCAGCUAAUGGCAAACUUGCACAAAAAAGGUAUUCUGCCAUUAGGCACAGUACAACUGAGAAGAGCUCCAAAUAUAAAUAUAAAUAAAAAAGCUUUAGAAAAGAAAGAACGAGGUUAUUGCUCCGAAAAAGUGUUGCUGUUGAUAACGUUAAGCUAUCAGUUACCAGUUGGGUCGACAAUAAAGCAGUCAGUUUGUGUUCAUCCUAUGUAG